AUGAACCCUUGGAGGUCCUCCUUUCUGAGUGCUGAGCUGAUAUUCUUUGCAGUGACAGCCACAGGAUCACUCAUUAAGCCCCAGGAGGGCAGUGUUGCUGGAGGAACAUGGAUUACUAUUAACCUGGAUGGCUCAACAUCCCACCAGCUGGAACGUGUCUCUUCAUCCAUUGUGUCACAGCUGGAAGUGUCCCUGGUGAAUCCAGAUCUGCCCAGGUUGCCGUGUGAUGUCCCUCCUCUGUAUUUUGACUUACCUAUUGUAAGAUGCAGAACAAGAUCUUCACCCCAGGAAGCUUUGUACUUUGUGGAGGUGAUCUUUAAAGGACAUGUGGUUAACAACCUGACUGGAGUGGAGAAAGAAAAUUACACUUUCAAGUUCUCUGCUGUGCAGACACCUGUGGUUUACCAAAUUAUUCCACCAUCUGGCAUCCCAGGAAAUUUAAUAGAGAUUUAUGGGAAGACAAUUGCUGGAAGAUAUGAGACCCUGGACUUCAAUGUGGAUUAUAUUGAUGGGCCAGCUAUCCUUGUGGCAGAAGGAGAUGGAUGGACCAGUCUUUGCUCCUUUGCUGACAGGAGAGCUGGAAGCAUUUACCCUAUUCAGGUAGAAGACGGACUGGGGACGUUGCAGUGCCGGGUGGAAGGAAACCAUAUAGGGUCCCACAAUGUUAGCUUCUCCGUGUUUAACAAAGGAAAGUCAGCAGUACACAAAGAUGCUUGGCUCAUCAGUGCCAAGCAGGAGCUUUUCUUGUAUCAAACACAUUCAGAAAUAACCUCUGUGUCCCCAGCUGGUGGGAGUCUCGGAGGAGGCACCGACCUCACUGUCACAGGAGAUUUCUUUGAGGAGCCAGUGCAGGUCACUGCUGCAGGUGUCCCCUGUAAAGUCAAGCAUGUCUCUCCCCAUCAAAUCAGAUGCACCACUGAGCCUGCUGGCAAGGGCAGGAGGUUGGGUUCCCCUCAGCCAGGAAACAGAGGGCUUCUCUUUGAAGUCUGGGAUGAUGCCUCUGAUCUGACAGAAGCAGGUCCUGGAUAUAGAUGGCAGUUUGUACCUAAUGCCAGUUCCCCAGUAAGAUUCCUGUCUGGGGCAAAGAAGUCCUUCAGCUCCAGGCUUCGUGGAUAUUUUGUGGCUCCUCAGACAAACAAUUACACCUUCUGGAUUCAAGCAGAUGGUCAGGCAUCUCUUUUCUUAAGUUCAUCCCAAGAUCCAGAACAUAAGGUGAAAAUAGCUUCUCUCCCCGCUGGUAAUUCAGAGUGGUCUGAGAACUGGGUGAGGGGCUGGAGUGAGCCUUGGCAGCCAAAAUCCCAGAAGUUUGAGCUAACUGCUGGCUUGAGGUACUACUUGGAAGCACUGCAUCAUGGAAGGGCACCUAGCAAUGGAAUGAGAGUUGGAGUCCAGAUACAUAACACCUGGCUGAACCCUCAUGUGGUGAACAACUACUACAUUGAGAGACAUGAAAUCCGGGCUCAUGCCUUACAGCUUCCAGAAGUGCAGAUGUUGACUGUGUCUGGUACAGGAUGUUUCAUUGUCUCCUGGAAUAACGUAUCACGCAGAGUGAUCCCCACAAAUGCUACAGCUCACCAGGUGCAAACAGCAAUAGAGGAACUUCUUUCAAUAGAGUGUGAAACUGAGCCAACUUCUGCUAAAAUCCUCUUCCACAGUGGCUUUGAGAAAAAAGAUAUGGAAGAUGUGAUUACCACAGGACACAUUGUCAGUAGAACAGAGCCUUUCUGUGGGAGGUUCAGCAUUCACAGACCAAACCAGCUGGUGAAAACAUCCUCAUUAACUCUAGCAAGAUAUGAUCUUACUGAAUACACACAUGUGUGUUUUGCACAUAAAGGCAACAUGAGAAAUAUCCUUCAUAUCUUGGUGUCCUACACCAACGUCUCUUUAUGCUUAGUGAAGAGGAACCUCACCUGCCUAUGGGAUUUCAAGGAAACUGACUUUAAAAGCUGGACGUUUACCUGCACUGACCUCUGGAAGGUGUGUGUGAACCGCUCUGUGCUUCUCCAGGACCUCCCUGCUAAUUCCCCAGUGUUUGUGCAUCAGAUAGACUUGCUGAGCUCAGACCUGCAAAAUGAAGCCUCUGGGUCAUAUUACCUUGAUGAAGUUGUCAUUGCAGACAGAGCUGUGACAGUUUCUCAGAGGCAUCCCAAACCACCGUGGUUAGGUGGGAGAAUAGUUGAAGCAGUAUCUGUGGUGGGAUCUUCUCCCACUUACAAUGUGUCCUGGAUGGUGUCUGGCUGCAGUGCAAGUCUCCCUCUGCUUUCUCUAAGAGGUGCUUUGCUCUGGAACGGCUCGAAGGAGUAUGGCUACCUCUACGUCUCCACGGAGGAUGUGAGAGUCAGCCUCACUAUUCAAAGACUGCAGAAGUCAUCCCGACCUAUUGGAGGGACCUUCCGCAUCCACGUGGCCAGUACAGUCAUAUCAGGUGUUUCAGUGCACAUUUCCUCUCACCAUCUCCGCAAGCUUUUGCAAGACAACACAGACAGCUCUACAGCCCCGUACUUCAACACCAGGGACUUCAUUGUGACCAAAGACUCAAACUCUUGCUAUGAAAGCAUCUGGACACUGACUUGGAAAACAGAAACUGGGGACUUGCCCAAUGUUAUCAAUGUCUCUGCUGAAAACCUCACUGGUCUGAAGCCAACUGUUUCUAGUCGUGUGGUUUAUGAUGGAGGUGUGUUUAUUGGGCCAAUAUUUGGGGACAUGCUUGCUACCUUCAAUAACAAAACACAGGUGGUGGUGGUGGUGAAUGAUGUCCCUGCAAACUGUUCCGGUUCAUGCUCUUUCCAGUUCAGCCAGGAUCUGACACCCUUAGUCAGUGAUAUUGAGUAUUCAUCAGAUGAUGAGCCCCAGGCCACAGUAGUUAUCAGGGGAGCUGAUUUCACUCCCCUGAUAGGAGUGAAGGAGAAGCCAGCCUUGCAGGUAGAGGUGAACUACUCAACCUGCCAUGUCAUAACGUUGAACCAUACUGAAGUAGUUUGCCAGAUGGAGAGGCUGCCAGUUGGAAUCUACGAGGUGACACUACUGGUGAGACCUUAUGGCUUUGCACUCAAUGGCAGCACAGGAGAAAGCAUUUUCCUCAGGAUUGAGCCAAAGCUGGUAGCUAUCGAACCUCCUACAGCUUCAGAGAUCGGAGGUCUGAGAGUGGCUCUCAGGGGGACCAAUCUGGAAGGAGUGAACUUGGUGUUGUUUGGAUCUCGGCCUUGCCCGAUUCUGGAGGAUGACAGAAAUUCCACAAGAAUUGAAUGUAAAGUGCCCUCUCGGGGGACAGAAGAUGCUGCUGUCCAUGUGACGCUAAUUUCUGAGUACCAGUCAACAACAGUAACAAACUUAUUCCGAUACGAUCCUUCCUUAGACCCUGCUAUUGUAUCACUGAGCAGAAACAGAAGUGGCAUAGCAGGAGGUCAGGAGCUUCAGAUUGGAAUAUCCCAGUUUGCCAGCUACCAGGGGUCAGAUAUCAAGGUCCAAAUUGGAGGCACGUGGCCACAGAUUCAGGCACAGACAGACUAUGGUGUUAAUGUUACUCUUCCAGCUUUGGCUGAGGGAUGGUACAAUGUCUCUGUCAUGAUCAAUGGUAUUGCUGUCACUUCAAACAGGGUUGAGCCGUUAAUCCAGUACCUCUCAGAGAUCUUCAGCAUAGAGCCCUGUUGUGGCUCCUUUCUGGGUGGAACACUGCUCACAAUCUCUGGGAUGGGCUUUAGCCAAAAUCCUGCCCAGGUUUCUGUUUCAAUGAACAGGCAAACCUGUAUGAUUACCUAUUUGGCAGAAGAGAUAAUCUGGUGUCUUACCCCUCCAGCUGCUAAUUUAUCUGAUGAAGAUUCACAAGACAUCUCAGUCACAGUAAAAGUAGUCAUCAACAGUACGUCACUUCAACACACUCUCUCUGCAAAAAGGGAAACCACCUUUAUUUAUCAAAGAGCUUUGACUCCUCUAAUUACUGUUGUUGAAAUGGAAAUCACAGAUAACAUCCUGCUUUUGGGUGUUCAGGGAGUAAACAUCACUGGAUCUGCAGCUAAGCUUGGGCACAGUGAGUGUGAACUUGAAUUUCAACGUGACAAUAAGUCUGCAAUGUUUUAUCAGUGCUCUUUGCCACUGAACAGCCUGGAACCUGGGACUUUCCCCAUUCAGGUGAUCCAGAGGCAGCUAGGAUAUGCUUAUGUGACAGCAAGGCUGCAGACCCUCACAAUUACUCCACGGAUAACCUCCAUAUUCCCGUCACAAGGAUCAGUCUGUGGUGGGACAUUACUCACUAUAUCUGGUCUUGCUUUAAAAUCCAGGAGGAAUUUGGUACAGGUCAGCCUCAAGAGUAAUUAUUCCUGUGAGAUCCAAAACUCUGAUAAUUAUGCCAUUAGUUGUAUUGUGCUUCCAGAAGCCCAUCCUUUGCAUCAUCAGUGGCUGGCUGAGGCAUCUUGGGCUAUUAAUGUCACAGUGACUGUAAAUGGGAUCAACAGUGUUUGCCUUGGAGACUGUACACUCUACCUUCAGGAGCAGUGGACCCCCCUUGUAGAUCUGGUGACCUGGGAGUCUGAUGGGACAUUCACCAAUGUGAUGAUCAAAGGACUGAGGUUAGCAUGGCCAAGUCAUAGUCCCAUGGUACAUGUGAAUAACCAGGCUAUCUGCAAGGUAACCUUCUGGAAUGAGACAAAUAUCAAGUGCCAGACAGACUGCAUUGCCCCAGGAGAGCACAACAUUUCCAUAUCCAACAGGCAAAGUGGGCAAGCUUGCUUCAGGAAGGCAUCUAGUGUUCUCACCAUCCUUCCUCAGGUGUACCAGUUUUACCCACAAAACUUCAGUGCCAAUGGUGGAGGCUUGCUCACCUUAUCAGGCUCGGCUCUGAGAGGAAAGAGAGUGACUACUGUCCUGGUUGAUCAUCACCCUUGCCUCAUUCUCAAUGUCACUUGUGCAGCCAUCCAGUGCACGGUGCCGCCGGGUAAUGGGAGUAGGGCUCUGAGUCUAAGAGUAGACGGCAUUUCCUAUUACCUUGGAAGAAUAAGUUACAGCGAGGAGUUCACCCCAGCUUUCUCUUCACUUGUUGCAACUGGUCUCCUCUUAACAAUGACAGUAUCACGGGUCACCGAACUGGACACCAUCUAUGUAUUUGUUGGAGACUUUGCUUGCAGUGCUGUCACCAUUACUCGCUCUACUUUGCAGUGCUCAGCUCCUCUGCUUCCUGUUGGCAAGUACCAUGUGCUAGGCCUGGAUAUCCCCAGGGGCUGGGCUUCCUCCAACCUGACCUUCACCUCUCAGCUGAUGGUGUCAGCCUUGCAACACAACUGGGGUGGCUUGAAUGGAGGAGCUCUUUAUCUGAGUGGAACUGGGUUUUCCCCAGGGAAGACUUCGGUCACAAUCUGUGGUACCAAGUGUGGACUGUUGGGCAACAUGACAACGACUGAGCUGAGCUGCCUUGCCCCACGUUUACACAAUUCUUUGGCCGUUCUCUGUGGACUGACACAUUCUUCUGCUGACUGCCGAGAAAAAAAAGCCACCUUCAUUGAAUGUGAUGUCCAAGUCACAGUGGGUUCCCAUCACCAGAGUGGAUAUGUGUCUUACCUGUAUGUCUGUGAGGACAGCCCACCUCAGUGGCACCAGAGGUAUAUUAACCCACCUCAGAGGCAUUUUACUGGACUCUUUGCCAGCCCUAAAGUGGAAAGAGAUGAAGUUCUCAUCUAUAAUAGCUCCUGUAACAUUACCAUGGAAACUGAGGCAGAGAUGGAGUGUGAGGGAGCUAAUCAGCCAAUUACCGCCAAGAUUACUGAGAUAUGGAAAAACUGGGGCCAGAACACUCAGCUUGCCCUCCAGUUUUGCGGACGGUGGGAAGAGGAUUCCAGCUGGCCUGCUGGCCACCCGCCGCGAGAUGGCGAUAACGUCACGAUAGAAGGCCGUCGGACGCUGCUGCUGGGAACCACCACCGCCAGCCUCAAUCUGCUGCAUCUCAAAGGUGGCAAACUCUUGUUCAUUGGUCCGGGACCUGUAAAACUACAUGCUCAUUACAUUCUAAUAUCUGAUGGAGGAGAGCUCCAGGUGGGAUCUCCUGAGGCCCCAUUCCAUCACAAAGCACACAUCUAUCUCUACGGAAGCCUCCAUUCCCCAUCAUUAUUUCCAUAUGGGGUCAAAUUCCUGGCAGUGAAGAAUGGGACUCUUUCCCUUCAUGGCUGGAUGCCCAAAGUGGCUUUCACAUACUUAAAAUCAUCAGCUCAUGCUAACGAUACACGAUUAGUACUCCAGGAACCUGUUGACUGGCAAGCUGGUGAUGAAGUCGUGGUGGGAAGGACAGGCCUUGGAGAUGCACAGCAGCAAGAAGAAAUGGCUGUUAUUGAGUCUGUGAACCAUGCCGAGCUGUACCUUAGAUCACCGCUCAGGUACUCCCAUAGCGUUGGAGAAGAAUGGAUGAAUGACCAAGGUCUACCUUUGAGUGCUGUGGUGGCACUGAUUAGCAGAAGGGUUGUUGUUCAAGGAAAUGUCACAAUGGAGAGAAUGUCACACCUCAGACAGUGUGCAAAAGCAAGUGGCUCCAAAUGUCUGUAUGACCGAAGUGAGAGGCAACUGGGGUCUCAGGAUCUGGGGGCCAUCGUGGUUGUGGAGGCAUUCCAGGGAGAGACAAGUCGACUAUGGGUUGAGGGGGUCCAAUUCCUUCACAUGGGCCAAGUGUUUCAGCAGCACUGCAGUGCCCUGACUGUUGCUGGCAACACAGAGAUGGCAGACUCCUACAUCCGUGGCUGUUGUGUUUUGGACUCCUUUGGCCAAGGGCUCCGUCUGACCGGGAUCUCAAACCUUAGCGUGGACAGUAAUGUUUUCUACAACAUUUCAGGCCAUGGUCUUCUCCUGGGAGAGGGACUGGAAGAGGGGAACAGAGUCACUAACAACAUAGUUAUUGGCCUUUCUGGAACUGAUGGUUUAUCUAACAUUGAGACUCUGUCACCAGUGGGGAUCUAUAUCAGAGCUCCUGCCAGCCACAUCAAGGGUAACACAGUGUGUGCCGUUGGGUAUGGCUAUUUCUUUCAUCUCUCCCCCGAGGGACCAUCCAAAAUGCCUCUCCUGUCCUUCAGCAGGAACAUAGCUCAUUCCUGCACAAGGUAUGGGUUGCUGGUGUACCCAGAAUAUAUACCAGACAGUCCAAAUAAACCUGUGUGGUUCAACAACUUCACAGCCUGGAGCAGCCAAGGUGGAGCACAGAUUUUUAGAAGCAGCAACCUUGAACUCCAGCAUUUCUGGAUUUAUGCUUGCGAAGACUUUGGCGUUGAUAUUGUAGAAAGCCUGGGAAACACUUCUAUAGCUAACAGCAUUUUAAUUGGACACAUUGGGCAAAAGGAUAGGACCUGUAUGUUAGCAGGACUAAAAACUCCCAAAAGAUACCAGCUAUUCAUCUCCAACACAACUUUCAGGAAUUUUGAUGCAAAGACCUGCACAGCAAUCAAGACUUGCUCCGGCUGUUACCAAGGGCAGGGUGGGUUUACAGUGAAAGCUGAGCACUUGACCUUCAUCAACUCACCUUUCCAAGUGUCCUUCCCCUUUUCUCACUCAGCCAUCCUUGAGGAUCUCGAUGGCUCUGUCACGGGGCAGAAGGGAAGUCUUCUCCUCCCUUCCACAGAUAUCCUUGAGGUAUCUUGUGCACCCAGUGUUAACCUCAGUCAAGAUUCUGAUGGCAGUGUUUGUGGCAGAGACCUUGUUUUCCACCGUAUGUCUCUUCACUUAAAAAAAGCUCCAGACAUUCCUUAUAAUUUAACGAUGACUGACAGUAGGAAUAAGACAACCACAGUCAAUUAUGUGCCUGAUACUUUAUCAAACCUGUAUGGCUGGAUGGUUCUCCUCUUGGAUAAAGAGACUUACACAUUGACAUUUGGCAACUCCUUGGUCAGCAAACAGCUCCAGUAUUCAGUGACAUUUAGCAACUUCACGACUGGGAGUUACUUGCUGAUGGAACACAAGGAUCUUCCUGCCCAUCCUGAGAUUGUGGUGUCUUGUGGGUCAAGGACUGGACAGCCACUUCAAUUACUGCCUUCUUAUGGACGUGAUAGGAACUGUGACUGGUAUCUUGACAACAGACUGAGGAAGGUAACCUAUUUGGUCACAGGUACUGACUCAAUUCAGGUCACGCUGAAAGAGAAGGAAAGAGUGGCUUUACCUACCCAAGUUUCUUCUGAUGUUGUCUUGAAAUGGUCAAACCCAGAGACAUGGAAUGAUGUGGAAAAAGGCUGGGGUGGAUCCAACUGCAGCAUCCCAGGCCCUGGGGAAGACGUCAUAAUCUUGCCUAAUCGGACCAUCCUGGUGGAUAUAGCUCUCCCCCCUCUGAGAAGCCUCUAUGUCCUGGGGACCCUCCAGUUUCCCAGCAACUCCAGCAACGUUCUGAGUGCAGCCUGCAUCGUGGUGGUGGGGGGUGCACUUAGAGUAGGUUCUUUUGAACAUCCCCUAGAGAAGGAUUUAAAACUGCUGAUCCUUCUUCGGGCAUCUGAAGGGAUUUACUGUGAUCGUCUGGAGGAAAUAAAUGUCCACCCAGGGAGUAUUGGUGUUUAUGGUCAGGUGCAGAUUUAUAGUGCUUAUCCUAAGAAGUCUUGGACACAUUUGGGAACUGAUGCUGUUCCAGGCAAUGAAAGGAUUUUUGUGGAAGAUGAAGUAGAUUGGAAUCAUGAUGGAGAUAUUGUGAUCAGCUCUUCCUCCUAUGAAGCCCACCAAGCUGAAGUAGUCACACUUAAGGAAAUCAGUGGCCGCAGCAUAAGAAUUCAUGAAAACCUUCUGCACAGGCAUAUUGGGCGUUCCCACGACACAGAAGAUGGCAGACGCAUCCCUUUGGCAGCGGAGGUUGGACUUCUUACACGGAAUGUACAGAUCAAGUCUGAUGUGGUUUGUGCUGGGAGGAUGCUGGUGGGACGCUUCACAGACUCCAGUGGGACAGAGUUUGAAGGUGUCCUUCAAGUCUCAAAUAUUGGAUUUUUGAAUUUUGGGCCUCCUCAGCUUUCUGCCAUUGAAUUCGCAAACAUAUCCCAAGGGUCCUCAGUGGUGUCAUCCAGCAUUCAUGGUAGCUGUGGAGUUGGCAUUAAAGCAGUAAUGAGCAACUGGAUCUCAUUGCAUGAUAACACAGUGUUCAACACGGUUGGACCUGGCAUUGAUUUUGAAGGGCAAAAUCAUUCUCUCAUCAGGAACCUUGUUAUUCUGAGCAGACAGCCAGAAGGCUUACUAAACUGGAUUGCGGGCAUCAAGGUGAACCUUGCCAUUGAUGUUUCCCUCUGUGGUAAUGCUGUGGCAGGAUCUGAACGAAUUGGCUUCCAUAUCAGAGGUCAAGAAUGUUUGAUAGGUGGAGAGCAUUGCAGUGAAAACGUGGCUCAUUCAAGUCUCCAUGGUAUUCAUCUGUACUGGGGAGAUGGAUUUCAGACCUGCACUAGAAUCACAGGUUUUAUCUCCUAUAAGAAUUAUGACUAUGGUCUCAUGUUCCACCUUGGAAGUACCGUCAUUGUGGAAAAUGUGAUGCUGGUGGACAACACUGUGGGUCUCAUGCCGAUGGUGUACUGUAUCUAUGCCAAACAAUGCCACACCGGGAAAAGAUUCAUUGAACUUAGAAACUCCAUCAUUGUGGCAACAAGCUCAACUUUUGACUGCAUCAGAGACAGGAUCAAGCCUCGCUCAGCUAAUCUGACAGUCAAGGAUCGACCACCAUACUACCCUCUAAGAGGCCGUGUUGGGAUUUUAUGGCCUACAUUUACCACUGUUCCCAGUCAAAGGCCAGAUAACCCAUGGCAUAAAACUGGGCAUUGUCCAAAAGUGCUGGGGCUCAUGAAGCUGAAAGAAGUCACCUUUACUAGCUUUACAAAGAGCUGCUACAGUGAAGACAGGGAUGUCUGCAUCAUGUCAAAUGUUGACCAUUUAGGCAUCAUGCCUCUUAUCACAGCGGAGACAUCAAGGAUGUUACAUGUCAAUGAGAGGGACAAGUUUUAUUUUCAUCCAGUAAGUGUACAGAUCUCUGAAGACACCAUGUUCCCUGAAAAGAAUUGCAAAGGCUCAAGAAAGGCCCUUUUCAAGGAUUUGGAUGGAAGUGUCCUGGACCUAGAGCCACCUGUUUCUGUUUUUCCAGAGUCAGAAUUUGAAUGGACACAGUUCUAUUUGCAAGCUGGAAUUUACAGAGAUGACAGCAAGUGCAUCUUCAGGCCCUCAAUACAAAGCUACUUCUGCAAACAGACUGAUCAUGCCCUUGUCAUCCUGGAAAACUUGGACCCCAGUAUGGUCAGGCAGAGACUGUUUCCAGUGGUAGCAAUGACUGGCAGCUUUAUGGAUACCUUUAGUGAUAUGACUUCACAUGCUCCAUGUUAUCCCACAGAGCAUCAUUCCACUUUCUUUUCUGUAUUGCCAUCCAACAAAUUCACUACAAUUUGCUUCCCAGACCUAACACCUCUGACUUUUAGACUCUACAUCCUUAGUGGUCAAAACACAACUAGGCUGCCUCUAGCUAUAUUCUACAAGGAACCACUCAGCCUUCGUGUUUUUGUUCGAGGGAAAUAUGUCUCUCCAACCCCAUCUUCUUUUUCACUAAGUGAAGAUGCAGGAGCAAAUUACUUCAGCUUUGAGGACAAUCUUCUUUAUGUCCUCCUCUAUGAGAAAGAACCUGUAGAAAUAGUUGCUAGCCUUUCCCUUCUUGUGGCUUUCACUGUAACUGAGGCUGUCAGGGCAGAGAAUGAGACAAGUAUGAUGCAUCGAUUAGCUGAUUUCUUGAAGAUUGAUCAUGAUCAAGUCAGAGUAGUCCAUCAUGUGCUGGGAGGUGAAAGCAUGUUGGAGGUAAUUUCAGCCAAUGCUGGCAAAAAGAAAUAUCACUGUCCUAAUAUGACAUUUUGCACGGGCUUUCAUAGCAGCUAUGACUCACAGAAAGUGGGGAAAGGACCAAUAAGCAUCCGAGCUCUGCAGCUACCUGAUGUGGCUGGUCCAUCAAGAGUGCUCAUUGUUGAAGUUAGUGACCCACCAGGCCAUCCAAGAAAUGAGCUGACAAGUGACAACUUAAAGAGUUUGGCCAGAACAAUUAUCAACACUCAUCAGACUGGAGAUCUUCAGAGAGACCUUGGCUUGCCAAUUGAUAAUUUAAUGGUGAUUCAAUCUACCUUUUUCUUUCCAGUAGAAGCUGACAGUAGAAAUGGAAGCAGACAACAUCCAGGAGCAUGCCUGUAUGUGAGGCCCUAUAACAUCUCUGUUCAGGUGCAACCCUCAGAUGGAGAAAUCGGGAAGCAGCUUCCUGUACAGCCAAAAAUCAUUUUCCUGGACAGAAAGGGUCAAAGAGUUGACAAACUGGGACCUCCCUCAGAACCUUGGGUUGUAUCACUUCACCUCAAGGGCUCUUCUGAGGCUGUGCUAAAAGGGUUUACCCAAGUACAAGUCAUAAAUGGAUGUGCGAGCUUUUCUGGCCUGGCUAUCUCCAGUUCAGGCACAGACUGGAGACUUGUGUUUACUGUGACAUCGCCUCCAGGGGCUAAGUUCACUGUGCUGUCUCAGCCAUUUACCAUCUUCCCUGUCUCCAUGGGAGUGAAAGCCAGCAUGAUCCUUGUUGUCAUACUGAGUUCAGCAGCAUCUGCAUUCAUCCUUUCUCUUGUGUUCUGCUGGUUCAAGAAGAGCAAAAGCCACAAAACAAGGACUGAACGGGCUGAUGUACCACAGGCCAGUAGCAAGGGAGCUCAUAAAGAAACACAGCCUCAUGCAGCUCACAUCCAGCCUUGCCACAAUCAAGGAGAAAAUAUAAGUGUUGUGCCUGUUGAAGGAGAUACAGAAGGAACUGAAGCAGUGGGCCAUGCUACAGGACAACUGGCAGAGUUGAACCUUCAGACCUGUGAAGCAAAGUCAGUGAGAAUGACAAGCACUGUCCAGUGUAAUAAAAUUAACAGAGACACCUUUCCUUCAGCAAAGAACAGUGACAGUCACCAACAGCUCCCUGGAGGAAUAUCUCUUGGUAACACUCUGGGACUUCAGCAGCCAACUGUCCUGGGAUCCUCCAUCCAGAAGAACAAUCCCCAGCCUUCAUCUGGUUACAACGAGGAAAGAGAGAAGUCUGGAAGUAUGCCCAAACCUCAGAAUGAUGUUGGAGAGCAAGUUGCUAUGGUAGCAGCAGAGGUAUAA